AUGCGCAAAUCCAUUUGGCGCCAGCCGCAUGCGACGCACUUCCAAGUUGUGCACCGCUCGCAGCGCGACCAGAACUUUGAGGCCGGACCUCAUGUACUUAAAUCUGUCACUCCCCUGAAUGAUCGUAAAGGCAAGAGCCGCGCGGACCUUGCCAAAGAGGACCCUUCGCUCGCCCACGAAGAUCCGAAUUCGACGCACCGCAAAAAUCUCGGCGAGGCGGCAUUGUACGGCAUAUACUAUGAGGACACCGACUAUGACUAUAUGCAGCAUUUGCGCCCGGUUGGCGAUACGGAGAACAGCCGGCAUGGCGGCAUGGACGAAGUAGACGAUACGGAUACAAUUUGGAUUCCAUCCAGCAAGCCCGAGCCAAAACCAGCGCCGUUUGCUCUGAAAGAGGGGGAGGAAGCGAAGCAGGAUAACGGACUUUUGCUCCCGGCCUCGGUAUUUGCGUCGGAAGAAAAACCAUACUCGCAUACCGCACAGUUUGACGAGGAUCCGAUGCUGCAAGGCCUGCAGCCAGACAUGGAUCCUCACUUGCGCCAAACACUCGAGGCCUUGGAAGAUGAUGCGUUUGUCGAUGAUGGCCUGGGCGACAACUUUUUCGGCGACCUUCUUCAGGACGGCGCAUGGGAUGGCAAGCGCGGCCAAGACGAUACUUGGCGUGACGAGGCGCCGGAAGGAGAUGCUAUUUAUAUGGAUAUGGCUGAGCGCGCACGGCGCGAGCGCGAUGCUUUGCAAGCGCAAGGAGGUAGCAGCGCCCUUGAUGAGCUGAGUCUUGCUGCACGUGUCGCGCUUUUUAAGCAGCAGCAAGCCAGCGCCGCUCCCGACGACAGUUCCGACACAGAGUAUGCGAGUGAAGCGCGCGACGAUGUGCACUCCCUUGCGAGUUUUGGCCGCCAUGCACGGCCCGCAGGCUCCGUAUCCUCGACAGGCUCGGCGCUUGGGGGUAUUGGCAAGCCCGGUGCACUUGCACGCCGCGCUGCGUCGACACGCGCUGCCAGCGAAGGCGGUGCUUCCUCGGUGUGGUCCAUGAGCAGCUCGUCGAUGGCGCGCAACAAAGGCCUCACGGAACUGGACGAGCAAUUUGACCGCGUAUUGAAAACGUACGACGAGGCAGAGGAUGAUGCAUUUUUUGACGAAGAUGAAGCAGAGACGCGUGGUGACUUUGACUCGAUUAUGGACGAAUUUCUCGAUACCCAAGAAGUCAUCGCUGGGAAGCUCAAACAGCGACUUGGCGCGCGCGAUGCGACGUGGGACGAGAAACUCGAUAUUCUACGCAAGGAGCUGGGCGAGGCACACCUUACUGACAACAACGAGGACGCAUCCUCUCCUGCAGCCGAGAAUCCAUUUCUAAAUCCAAGCAUCAUUGGACGCGAUCGGGAAAAGUGGGACGUGCAGACGAUCCAAUCGACAAAAACCAACCUGGAGAACCACCCUCGCACGAUUGUUGCGAGUAGCGUCGGUGCAAACACGCGCCACACGCCGAAAUGCAUUGUCGACCCGCGCGCAAAGCAUGAGGCGGACAAGAUACCCAAAAUUCGCAUCGAUGCACGCACGGGCGUGCCUCGUGUCGUUGGAUAUACGCAUAGCGCAAGCGCGCCGCCAAAGGAAGUACACGGCGAGAGCGAAGAGGACUAUUCCAGCGAUACCGGUACGUGCACACAUAUACUCACCUCAGUGCCCGUGACCAUCAAGCGCGACCGCAAUGAAUCCGCAGAAGCGCGACGAGCUCGCAAAGAGGCUGUCAAGCAGCAGAAACAGGCGCGCCGCGAAGAAAAAGCUGCGACAAAGCACAUCUUCCAGGAAGAACGCAAGCGCCAGCUGCAUGCAGAGCGCCGCCAAGUCGAGAGCAUGGGCGGCGGUCCUGCCGUACACCUCGCAUAG